AUGACAGACGUUAACUUGAAACUGCCGCCGACUCCUGAGGAGUAUGGUGCAAAUGAACGAGCAGAUAGCCCCGAGACACGAACAGAAGAUCUCUUUUCGCAAAGCGGCGAUAGCAUCUCUGAGGAGCGUCAAUUAGGACUCGACAUCGUUUAUCCUUUAGGCUGGUCGGGCUCAUAUUAUAGCGGCUAUGAUCUGGUCACUGUUCACGGUAUACGCGACGACUAUAAAACCGCCUGGACACAGGAAGAUGGCACUUGGUGGCUGAAGGACAAGUUAUUCAAACAUGUAUCCAUCAGAGAGGUGGAUUACUCCUACGAGGUUGAUGAAGAAGCAGCCAUAUUCGAGGUGGACGGUAUUGGACUGCAUGCUGAAAGGCUCCUCACGGCUUAUUCCAAAGAUCGUGCAAGUUUUGAAGAAACUGAGAUAGACCGCCCUAUCAUAUGGAUUUGCCAUGAUCUUGGAGGGACUAUUGUGAAAGAGGCCUUAUGUCGAGCCAUAACCAAUAGCAAAAAGUAUGGAAAAAUAGCAAUAUUGACAACGACAAUUAUAUUCCUAGGAACACCCCACCAGGUUCUAUCCGUACCAGAUCUCGCAGAGCAAAUUCGUCAUCUUCUUUCACUCCCAGGUCCUGACAUUACGUUCGGAUCCUUGGAAAAAGCUAGAAAACUUGCGUAUCAGGUCAACAGAAUCAACAAAGAUUUUCUAGAGACAAAGCUCCUAGAUCGUGCUGUCAUUUUGAACGUUGUUGUUCGAAAUUGGGAUGAAACUUCAAGAAAGAAGCGUGAAAAAGGCGAUAAUAACAUCCCAGAAGGCGAUGAAUAUGACGAUGUGCCCAAUUCAGUCACUCCAUUCUUACAACAUACCCACUUCAUUGGACAAUCGUUUGAAGCCUAUGGAAGAAUUCAACUCGAUGUAACAAAUCAUGUUGAUCUCAUUCGUGGCUAUUAUUGGAAUGAGCUUUGGAUCAAUGAGAUAUCUUCCAUUUUCAAUGCAGAAGGUUGCAUUACCAGGAUAAAUCGUCAGCUUCUUCAACUGCAAACGCAUAUUCUCUCCCUGGCGCCUCCAACCAUGAGCACGGAUACAAGUUUCAAUCCGUCGAUGGCAGAUACACUAUUUUCAGGCUGGAUUUGCCAGCAGAAACCAUAUCUUGCGUUUUUUACGGCAGACGUGAGACCACGGCUCAUGCAUCUCUAUCUCGAUGGAAAUUCUUUAAUAGACAUCAAACUGAUUUCCCGUCUUUUCUACACUCACUAUGAUUCGAAGCAUGGUUCCAGAAAAAUAAAGAAGUCCAUUCUCUAUUUCGAAUUUGACCAAGGGGACUCUCGAUAUAAUAACAUUUCCUCGAUGCUUACAUACUUCAUCAACAUGAUGAUAUGGCAUUUUUGGAACGACUUUUCGCAGGAAUCCAUUCUCCAAGAUUUAAAUUUCUUGAAUGUUACACGUGGCUGGUCACUAGAAGAUCUUUAUCACUUUGCUUUUGACCAGUGUCCCCUGGAGCAGCGGCGAUGGUUUUUAGAGCGCGUUCUGGAGGAACAGAGCUACAGCGAGGCAGAAUAUCGGCUGAUUCUGUCCAGUUCGACGCGGGAUGGUUUGGCAGUUAAAGAUUUUCCUGCCACCCUGCAAAUCAAUCUGGGCGAUUGUCCGGUAAUUAACAACAGUAUUGGACAAACGGGCAAUGUGCUUGAAGAAGAAAUGAAGCGCCUAAUUAAAGAGCGCCCGAUAUACAGAGAAUUUCAGCAACAGCUCGAGAUACUGCUCAGAGAGUGUGAAAAUACACCACAUCUAGGAUAUAUCACUUUAAAUUGGCUUAAACAUUACCCUCGUGGCAGGCCAAAGUCUGAGAUUGCGACCAGGAUCAACGAGAUGUCGCCUCCUACAGCGGAGAAUACAGUUCAUGUUAUAGUAUCCUCUUUGACCCCUGAGCUCCGAGAAAGGGCUCAAAGGGUAUUCAAUUGGGUUAAAUACGCAUCAGAACCGUGGUCCCUACAGUCCUUAGCGGAAGCUCUUACAGUCUUUUGUUUCCCGAAUCAGGAGCUUUGUUUCAUUGAUCUUCAUACUGAAUAUUUCAUACAAGACAUAGUGGAUUCUCUAUGUGGAAUCAUCACUGUCAAAGGCAACGAUGUUAAGUUCAGUCACUUGUCGUUUUAUCUUGUCCCCGCAUUAGGGGUGGAAGGUAGCGAUGAAGAACGGGCUGCCAAAAUCAAUGGCACCAUGGCAGAGAUAUGUCUGCAUUACUUACAACUUGAGAAUGUACAAGACGCAAUCACAGAGUCUUGCUCAGAAAUCUUUGAGGGAAAUGAAUGGGAGACACCGCUCGAUGCGGCUGUGAUUUCCCACUCCAGAGCCAAUAUGGCAGGAUACGCAGUUCGAUUUUGGCCGUGCCACUAUGAAGCAAGUGGGCCCUAUAAGCCCAAACAGCUUGUAUUUCAACUAUUUGCCAACAAGAAGGCUCGUGGCUGCUGGGAAACGCUCUUGUGGCUUCUUUCCAACCCGUUCACUCGGCCCAAACGAGGCUAUAUCUCAACGCUGCCAAUGUUUGCUGGGUUUGGUUUGGAGGAUCUUAUUGAUGAUACUAUCAAAUCUGAAACUGGCCAGUCUCCCUUUAACAAGAACUGUUGGUUCGCUAUCACGGAAGCUGCCCGAAUGGGUCGGAGUGAUACCGUUCGUAAGCUUCUACAACAUGUCUUAGUGGAUGAAGAAGAGCUUCAAAGAGCACUACUUGCAAGCGCCGGAAAUGGCAAUGAGGAUACUUUGAAUGCUCUUGUCGAGAAGAUACCGAGAUUAGAAGGAUUUCAAUGGCCCAAGCAUCUAUUUCAUCGAGCUAGUGCUAUUGGACUUGAGAGUGUCCUUACAUUAAUGCUACAAUCUGGCUAUGACAUCAAUGAAAUCGGCGACUUUAAUCAAUCCCCACCAACAAUGACUGCGAUAUGGCGGAACUGCGUUUCUUCAUUGGAAGUUCUGUUGGACUCAAAACACAAGGCAGAUUUGUCUUUUAAAGAUAGGGAUGGCGACACCCCAUUCACAUUGGCAGUCUACAAAGGUGAUCCACGAGUUGUCGAAAUGGUCUUGAAAGCUGGCGGAAAUUUGGCAGAUACAGAUGGUCCAAAUGGCUCAGGCCAAAUGCUGACCCAAAUAGCCGUCUAUAACCAUAGGCAUAAGGCAGCAGAUAUCCUCAUCAGGGCUGGGGCUGAUUUCAACAGCGGCGAAAAGGAUGACAUUGACAAAACCAGCCUGCAACCGCCACUGAUUAUUGCGGCCAAAUUUGGUGCCCUGGAGUGUGCUCGGGUCUUGCUUACUCACGGAGCUGAUCCGCUUGUCUCAUGCGCUGCCGGGACCGCAUUGUACGAAGCCGUUGCAAACAAUAAUAUAGAAAUCGCACGGCUGUUACUCGAACAGGAGAAAAAGCCAGACUUGGAUGCACAUCCUCCUGAAGAAGAAAAGCUCUUAUUACGCGCGAUUAAUACAGGAAAUGCUGAUCUUGUAUCGAUGCUGGUUGAACACGGCGUUGAGUUUGAGUUUGCUGACCCGAAUGGUGGUGUUUUCAGUACACCACUGUCACGCGCUUGCGGAAAUGGAGAUUUAGAUAUUGUGAAAUUUCUCCUUGAUAAGAAUGCCGACAUAAAUUACACCGGAGGCAUGUCAGAAUCACCACUGUUUGCUGCAAUUCUUCAUUCCAACGACGACUUGGCAACAUACUUGCUCCAAGAUGAAAGCAUUGAUGUUCAUUGGGCGAGGCACGAUGGUGUGAAUGCGCUUAUUGCAGCAUACAUGAACCCGAAGAUAGUUCGACAGCUACUUAAAAGAGGUGUGUCGAUAGAACACUAUAGUAGCUGGGGAACUAUACUUCAUAUGGCAGCAUCACGCUGGCCAAAAACAAUCAAAGCGCUCCUGGAACAUGAUCCCAAGCCAAAUCUAGAACGUGUUUGUGGCGAUGAUAUGGAAGUCGAAUCAGAUGUUGGAUGUACGCCGCUGCAAAUUGCUUGCCAAUAUCAGUCGCCUGAUUGUAUUGAGAUUCUGCUAAAGGCUGGUGCCAAUGCAAAAUUUAGGAACAAGAACGGUAUGGAUGCCGUUGACAUCCUGCUUCAGGCGGAUCACUUUUCUAAAGACAUCGUGCAGUGUCUUGAGCUGAUCCUUUUUGAGUCUGACUACAUCGAUGGAGCUUAUGUUAAUACGAAAGGUCAGACUCGGCUGCAUCUGAUCAAUAACAAAACACCUGUGGAUGUGGUUCAGCUCUUUGCUAAAGGGAGAGCCCUUCUUGACAGGCCAGACAAUGACGGCUUCACCUCUUUGGCUAUCUCUAUCAGAGAAGGCAACUUGAGCGUUGCCAAGUAUCUCAUAAAUCAGGGGGCCAGCGUCAAUGUCUUUAGUCCCAGCUUUGGUAGCAUUAUUCACCUUGCUGUGACUAAAGGUGCCGUCGACCUUGUCAAACUGCUCAUUGACUCAGGUGCAGAUUGCGAAGCGGUUGAUCCCAAGUAUGGUGCGUCAUUGCUAUAUACAGCAUUGGGAAUAAAAGGCAACUCAGAGCUUCAAAAAAUGGUAAAAUAUCUGGUUGAUGAGGCCAAGGUGCCAAUUGAUAAGCUUGGCGGUGAAUUCGGCUAUCCCAUUAUAAAAGCAGCGGAUAUGACUAGGACCGAUUAUACGACCGGCAUCAAGAUGCUAAAGUUUCUUAUCCGACGCAAGGCUCAGUUGAAUGUUACAGAUAGCCAGCGCCGCCGCGCCGUGCAUCUUGCGUGUACCUCACAGCAUGCUAGCGGUAUCAAACUGUUAGUCGAGGCUGGCGCUGAGGUUGAUGUAAAAGACAGCUUUGGUCGCAUGCCCAUUCACUUUGCGGCAUCAUCCCCGUCAAAUAGCUGCGUCGAAUAUCUUUUAGAGACGCAGAAGCACAUGGACAUCAAUGCCGCGGACCACGACGGCUGGACGCCGCUUUUAUGGGCAGCGCGAUCUGGACAUGCCAGCACCAUUACUAGGCUAAUCGCAGAGAAGGCAGACGUAUGGGCCCGAGGUUGCGUUUUCGACGUGAAAGAUGAGUGGUCGGCACUGAAGUUGAUGAACUUUUCAGAUCGGAACACAACUCUGAGAGAACAGUUGAAGCCUAAAAAACGGACUAGGACCAAUGAAGAGGGUGAAGAGGAGGAGUGGAAUGACGAUUUGCAUGAUGUCAAGGCUGGAGACAAGAAGAAUGUCACCUGCAAGAGUUGCCUCGUGGAUAUCAUAGGUACAGCAUCGAAAUGCAUGGAAUGCCCCGACAACUUCUCACUUUGUUUCAAAUGCAGCAAUUACCGGUUAUUAAUUCACGACGGGGAACAUACCUUUCGGGCGAUUGAGCCGUUAUAUGACCAGAAACCAAAAGAUGCGGUGGACUUGGAUGAAAAUUCUGAUCCAGAAGGGACUGAAUCUGACGACACCGAUGUAGAAGGGUAUAAUAACUACAUGUAG